CCUCCUCUCGCCCUCAACUUGCCUCUCUUCCUCCUCGGCACCAUCUUGGAAGCACACCUGUGUCAGCCAUGGCUAACGGUUCUCAUGCAUUUGCUGCCACCUGCUUCCUCUUCGCCUUCCUCAACGCCGUCGUCUGCGUCGUCUCCACACCCGACAUCGUUGUCGAAGGCCGCGUGUACUGCGACACUUGCCGUGCUGGUUUCGAGACCACCGCCACCGAGUACAUUGCAGGCGCCAAGGUGAAGCUGGAGUGCAAGAACUACACGACCGGGGAGAUCAUCCACACCAACCAGGCGACGACAGAUGCGACGGGAAAGUAUCAGAUCACGGUGGUUGACGACCACCAGGAAGAGACCUGCCAAGUGACGCUGAUAUCGAGCCCUCGCAGCGACUGCUCCGAGAUCAGCGAGGGGAGGAACAGCGCCCUCGUCGUGGUCACCCACAACGUUGGGAUCACCUCCGGCGUCCGCUAUGCCAACUCCUUGGGCUUCCUCAAGGAGAAACCGCUCGAGACCUGUGGCCAGCUGCUGCUGCAGUAUGCUUUGGGAGUUGACGGCUGAGAGAUGUGCGUUACGUGACAACCAAGGCACGGUUUCAACGUACUGCUAAUUUUGAUGGAUGCAGCAAAGUUGUCGCUGAGGUUGGGAGAUGUUCUUGAUGGAUUGAUUCAUCGAUCGCCCGAUGCGUUCAUCAUUCUUGUCGUGUGGUGAUAUUAUUAAUCGAUCGAUGAAUCUUAUUUAUGAUG